UUGUUUUUAUUUAUUUAGUCAAACAGAAUAAUAAACGCUUUAUUAAUUCAUAAACCUGACGCCGUUUGACAGAAAGUUCUCUUACGUCAUAUAACUGCGCCGCUUGCUCCGUUGCUGUGGAGGACUCGUCGAGCAUGGGGCACCUUGGAGGUUUAUUUCUUCUGAUUGCACCACUCUUUUGGCAUAAUUUUUUAGGAGCUGAGGGUCACUCUUUUCCUGCCUGUCAGGAGCAGCUGGACUUCAGGUGCAGCGAUGGCUCGUGUCUCUCCAGGCUGAAAAUGUGUGAUGGGCACUCGGAUUGCGAGGAUGGAUCAGAUGAACGCCACUGCAGCCGCGUGUGGUGUAAGGACGGCGAGUUCGCCUGCCACAGUGGACGGUGCAUGUCCACAGAGCUCUUGUGCAACGGCGUUGACGACUGCGGAAACGGCCGGGACGAGGGCUCCUGCCACCACUGCACCGCCGGCUUCUUCUCCUGCGGGCCGUCCGACGACUGCCUGCCGGGCGAGAAGCUCUGCGACGGUCGGGCCGAUUGCGCGGACGGACGGGACGAGUCGCGGGAGCUGUGCGGCUCGGCCCAGCCCAGCUCUCAGGCCUCCUCGCCGUGCGCGGCCUCAGAGUUCCAGUGUGGAGACGGAGAGUGCAUCCGCCACAGCUGGAGGUGCGACCACCAGCCAGACUGCACAGACGGCAGCGACGAGGAGCACUGUGGUCAAAACGAGUGUCAGGUGAAUAACGGUGGCUGUUCUCAUUUUUGUGUGGACCAGAAGAUGGGCUUCCUCUGCCGCUGCCCUGACAACAUGAAGCUGGUGGACGACAGCCAGUGUGAGGAGGUGGACACAUGCCUGGAGAGAGAUGUGUGUGACCAACUGUGUGCUCCCAAUAACGGCAGCUUCAAAUGUGACUGCCACGACGGUUACCAGAUGACUCCAGCAACUGGAGAGUGCAAGGCCAAAGGUGCGCAACUACGUGCCGAGGCUCAGUUGGUUUUCACUGCUUCAACAGGAAUUCAGUUUGCAAAACAUCUAAGCUCUGACUAUAAGCCGUUGGCCCCACAUGUAUCAGGACCAGGUGCUGUGGCCGUUGUGGCUUCAAACCACACGCUGUUCUGGGCCCAACAAGGAUAUGGCUCUAUAUACAGGAUUUCUGUGAAUGAAAAGCCACAUAAAGCUGUGCUGGUACUGAAGGCCCAAGGCUCAGUGUCUGCUAUUGCAGUGGACUGGAUCCACUCCCUGCUCUACUGGACCAGUCAGGAAAGCGGUUCGGUGAGCGUUGCCCUGCUCGAUGGUUCAUCCCAGCAUCAGCUCAUCGGGGGACUCGAAAAACCCUCUGCUGUGGCUGUGGAUCCUCUCCAGGGGCUCCUCUUCUGGACCCAGUGUGGCAGCUCCCCAAAGAUUGAGAGGGCCAGCUUAGACGGCCAUGAUAGAAAGACUCUAGUCACCACCGCAGUACGCCAGCCUGUUGCUCUUUCUCUGGAUGUGCCUCGCAGGUUACUGUACUGGUUUGACAUGGGAACGAGGAGCAUCUCCAGAGUCGAUCUUGAAGGCCGUCACCGUAAAACGGUGGUAGAAUCCAACGGCUAUCUAGAUCGGUUGUUUGGACUUGCUGUGUUUGAGGGAUUUGUAUACUGGAGUGAUGAAGUAACGCACUCCAUCUGCCGUGCAAACAAGCACAACGGCACAAGCCUGCAGGUGCUUCUGUCUGACAUCGCCUCGCCCGGUGGCGUGGCCAUCAUCCAGCCCGUGCUUCAACCCAAAGGCAUGACCCAGUCCCUUUUCCUCUUGACCAACUCCGCCUUCUGCUGCUCUAAAGGGCCUUCUGCUUGUGGACGCCCUGGGAUGGUGUGUGAGCACAAGUGUGCUGUGGACCUGCUGACCGAGAGGCUGCAGUUCAGCUGCAUUUCUCCGGCCAUUUCGCGGGCACUCCCUGAAGCUACUCUAUCGAAUCCCUCAUUUGCUGGAAUCCUCUCUUUGAUUGUGUUCCUCAGUGCGCUGCUGGUGGGAAUGGCUGUGUGGUGGUGGAGAGAAGAAUUCUUGCCUUCCAGGUCUCUCACCGUGCAGACCAUCUCACUCACAGAGUCUCAAGACCCCCUCAUUCAGAGGCCACCCGUGAGACCAAUCACAUCUCUGGUCAAGGCAAGUGAUUUUUACACAUAUGAAGACAUCUUUCGCUCGAUCCGCAGACGCAGAAUUUGUGGUGUGGAAACUCUUAAGCUGGACUUGGAUGGUGAAUGAAGGUGUGACACAGAUGGUCAGCUGAGGGCACUUCCCC